GUCAAGAGUGCGGUGAAGGAGUGCGAUGUCCGUGAGCAACUACACGCCAGGGUACAUCGGCCCUCCACCACUUGCAGCCCCUUACCCAGGUGUGUACACGAGGGUGGACGGGUCAACCCCCGGGGGGAAGACGACGCUCCACGCCGUCCUCGAUUAUGACGACGAUCUUGCGGAUGUACCUCCGGAUAUACAAUCCGACCAGCUACUGUUCAACAACAAUCUUACUCAAUCUGCUUAUCCAAUCUACCCCUAUGCCCCGUCACCGGCCAACAGCACCUUGAUAAACUUCCCACUUGUCUGGACGGCGCUCGCGCUGGGAUUAGUGAUCAGAGGAGAUGUCAUAAGAGGGUCGCCCUGCAUUAAAAAGCAUCAUCAGCUCUUUUGCCCGACUGCCGGCAACACUUAUCCGAUUGAGCGAAUAGAAUCAUUUAUCGAUGACAACAAGGCACUUGUGAAAAGAAUGUACGGAGAUUUUCAAGUGAGCACAGAAUAUGGCCUUCCUGGACAAGAAGUAUAUGAGAGUGAGAGAUUUCGAAGUAAAAGACAAAGCUUUCCUAACAAAACAAACACAUCAGAUACUGGCAGAGUUGACGCUUGCCAAUCUAAAAUAGAAAUCGUUACGCCAUACUGGGCAGCAAACAGUGCUGGGAAAAUCCGUGCAGUAGUUAACACACAACACUUCGAACAAGCUGUCCACCAGGAGGUCUGCUCGAAAGUGCAAACGAACAGAUGCAGUGGUGACUGCGGAUGCGAACAAAAGUAUAAGUGGCACCGACUACUCGCUUACGACCCUGACAACGACUGUAAAGGUAUUUUUAUGGAUUGGUUCUUGUUCCCAAGCUGCUGUGUUUGCAGGUGCGACCCCGAUGCAAAAACCGCAGGGGUGUUUGGAAACUCUGAUGUAUCAAGGGAACCAUCAAGAAUGCCUCAGCAGCCAAGAAUGCAACAGUCUCCUCAACGACAUCGAUCGGGAAAAUAAUCCACUCCCUUUUGAAAAUGACUGACUUUAUCUUAUUUCUUAAUUUUACCAUUUUUCAUUGCUGUUUUAUGUAUUUUACAGUAGAGAACAUUAUUGAUGGAUAUAAACUAUAUUUAUUUUUUAAAAAUUGUGAUAUCAAUACUUUUUUUGAAUAAAGUCAGUUUAGCUUAAUUGGCACAAGAUGCCCUGACAAAAAAAAAAAAGGAUUAUACCAUACAUGGCAGUCUUUACCUUACCUUAAAGGAAAAGGAUUAAACAGCCAUUUCUUGUAUUUCAUCUCACAAAAGUUAAAACAGUAUUUUCUCUCUAAUUCCUGAAUUGUUUUUUUUUAUUAUAGAGUAUGUUAAAAUGGUGAUGUUUUAGAUUAAGUGCCAUUAUAAAUUAUAUUUAGAUAAGGACUUUUUUUGCUUUUAUUUUAAUGUAAUCGAGUGCCAAGGCUAGAGUAUUACUGAUAAUUGUCAAUUUGUAAACACUUUUCAAAUUUUGCUGCAAGGCCAUAAGUGUGUUCAAGCAUUUCUACGACAAAAACUUAAAAAUUGAAACUAUAGGGGGGGGGAUCAGUUAAGGCGUUCACAAGCACUCAUCAAUGUAAGAUCAAGGCCCCGGGUUCAAAUCCAGCAGCUCUGCAUUGGAAAUCGACAUACCUACAAAUGGGCU